CACACGUGUGAGAGAGAGAGAGCACACCGGCGUGACGCACUACUAGGCUGACAACCUGUGAGAGGUGUUUUGAGGGUGGAAUUGCAAGAUGCCAAAACUUCCUCAUAAUUUUGAAGAAUUGCUGUGUAAAACAUCAGCUAAUAAGAAAGCAAGCAAACUUUGGAUUCGGUUGAAACAAAACGAAUAUCAAGAGGAGGCAGCUUCACAUUUGCGUAGAAACACAAAGAUAAUGAUGGAACACUGGCCACAAAAUGGAACGUUUACUCCCCUCCACCGAUGUGCUGGGAAUGAUAUAUACUGGCUACUUCUUCAAACUAUUCUGACUGUUCUGAAAAUUGAUCCGAACAUAGUAGAUCAUGAUGGAGAUACAGCCCUUAAUCGAGCAGCUAGCCAAGGUCAGCUACAAAGCAUGAAUCUUCUUUUGCAAGCUGGUGCCACCACUCACAACAAGAAUAAAUUAGGAAACACAGCAAUGCACAGAGCAGCAAUGUCAGGCAUGGAAAAGGCUAUCACUCUGUUGAACAGUGAUGCAAUUGCAAAUACUACAACAGAAAACGAGGCAGGCCACACUCCUUUUAUUUGUGCAGUAAGAAAAGGUCAUGUACAAGUUGUUAAAUUGCUGCUACAAAAUAGCUCUGAACGUGAGCGUGUUAAGGCAAUACAUCAUGUCAUCAGUAUACCAAACAACAACAUGCCUGGCACUGACGUUAAUACCAUGUUUGGCAUUCUUCUUAGCCACUCCAGUCUACACGAUCUAGAUGCCCAUACAUACAAUGGCAUGUCUGUCUGUGAUAGAGUGGCUUUCCUUGACAUUCCAGCGUUUCAAAACAAAGUGAAAACAAGAAGAAAUCAACUACUUGCAAGGAAACUGCACUGUAAGAAAACCCCUUGUGACAAGUCACACCACAGCAAACACCGCAUAAAAGAAUACAACGCCAAGAGUAAAUGUAAACUAGCUGAAAUGAACAGCAAAACUAAACCAACUGAGAUCGCCACCAAACCAGCUGCAAACUCAUCCAGCCAUCAGACAAAGAAAUCAAAGAAUUCAACAAGCAAUUGGUCAGUAAAACAAAGCUGCUUGGUUCCCAUUGACGAUGACAAUGCUGACCUCUCUCAAGACACACAUCUGGCAUCACUAAAAUCUUUCAGAAACAGCACAAGAGACUUUCCAAUUCAAUCAUCAAUUGUGACUUCUAGUUUGCCACAACAUACUACAAAUACACACCACAGCCAUAUAGAUGGGCAGCUGAUGGUCAUCAAAGACAUAUGGGCCCUUAACCUCCACCUUCACAUUGGGCCGAAGUCCACAAACAACAUUGUUGUCCAUCAUUGUGAAAACGUUCAUAUCGAAUCAGAUGUAACCUAACCUACAAGCAGGAGCAAUCCAAUCAUCGAGUUCUUCUUGUCGAUCUAUUGAACAUUGACCGACUCUGUUUAUAGUUUGCAAAGUUCACCUCAAAAGAUACACUUUCUCUACCUGCAAUCUCAUGUUUCUUAGCUGAUCUUUACAUGAUUAGUGCAUGAGUGACAUAUACAGUAUCUUUAUACAAGUAUGGCCUAUGUACAAGUAUUGCCUAUGUACAAGUAGUGUCAGUAGUGUCCUUAGCUAUCAAACACAAACUUCAAAAGCUCACUUUUGAUCACAGUUGGUGUAGCAAGUUUUCAGAGAAUGUAAUAAUACCACAUCACACCAACUCAUGGCAAGAUGGCCUUCUGUUGAUAUUUGGUAAUGUGGUCAUCAGCAGCUUCACAUACUUCUCCAAAUACAAUAGAUAAAAUGUCACUUUCAUCAAUUACCAAAAUGUCUCUCUUUUAAAUAAAUGCACUCGUCAGUCAAAUUUGAAUAUAACGAUUAAUCAGAAGUCCCAGAAUAAGUCAAAUACAGUCACGUGUCACUUAUAUGACCCCCUUGGGACCGGACCCCUGUUGGGUAAGUGAAUAUGUUGGAUAACUGAAGCUGUUACGAACUCAACUAUUGUUCAUAUUAUACAGCAUUUUUUCCACAUUAGGUAUACUGAGCGUAGAUGUGAAUUUAAACGAACCAAAUGUCUUAUUGAUCUAGAGAUAAAAAUUAUACUUUUCAUGAUUGAUUGUAAUAUAUAUAAUAUGCAGGGUUCGUUAUCUGUCAUAUCGUCUGAAGAAUACAUUUCUAGCCAGCUCGUUAAACUGUUGUUUGUUUAAUUGUAAGCAACUAUUGUACUGUGGGCUACAAUCUGGAGGAAAUAUUGAUGUAACAACCCCAAACCUCACUAUUUCUCUAGCAGCAAUGUUACUUACGAAUCAAAAAUAUUUCAUAAUCAAAACGUUUAGUUUUACGACCAUUCUCAUAUUUGCCUAUUAUCUGCAGAAUUACCAAGCAACAGUGUAUUUAUCACCUGAUAAAAUGCACACUGACAAAGCACCAGU